AUGCUCCUCUCAAGCAACACCAACGCGAACAAGGAAGUUCAAGAUGUGGAGAAGCUCUUCAUCUUCGACACUCGGCUGGGUCAGAGAGAGGACAACGAGCACGAGAAAAUUCUCUUCUACUACCCCGCAUCUUCUCAACAAGACCAGCAAUGCUCAGACGUCGGGUUGGUGGAGGCUCUUAUCAACUUUACCAAGACGUUCAGCCCUGACCGGCCGUGCAAUGCAGUUCACACAGAGCAGACGCGCCAGGCAAUUUGGGAGCCAGAGCCAAACUUGUGGGUUGUGAUAGUGGUUAAGACGUCUAGGGGGACGAGGAAAGACGCAGACGGUUUCGUAGACCAUGACCUCUCCGACGAGGUGUUGGAUUCAACUCUCAGAAAUGCCUACGAGAUGUUUGUCCUCUUUCAUGGACCCUUCGAGCGGGUCAUCAAGAACGAGUCUGUCGACGUGCUGAGGAGGAAACUCUCUCUCUUCUUUCCACCUUUCAUCGCCACCAUCCCUCCCACCACGAAGCUCGACCUCACGUACAGCCUGAGGGGGAUACGAUACUUCCCUGUGGACCGACAGCAAGACUUCCGUUGUCUCAAGUACGGACUCUGCAUGUUCAAGGACAUGCUUGUUUGGAAUUCUCUGCCUGAAACAUCGGACCUGAGCUCACUUUACAACUACCUCGUCGCGCACGUUUCAUCGGACAACACAGGUCUUCUCAAGUGGCGAUCGCAGUCAGUUCCACCUGUGAAAGAUCCCGACGCGCAGAUGUCCAACAUUGCUUCAAAGAUGCCCAUGGUCUUCUUGAACAAUCAGUCGCAAGAAGAUGCCUGCGAGUGUAAACUGGUGGUCUUCCGCAACAAUCACGCCCUGUGGUGUUUCCUGCUGGAUCAGUCAGAGGGGCCCAUUUCCUCCUUUGACUCGACCUUGACGUCUCUCGAGAGUCGCUCUCAGAUCCAUGCAGAGGAGCCGUACAGGAAGCAAGGAGGAGGUCAGAAAACUUUCACCCUCAGCAAGGAACUCCAGAGUCUGCUGCUAGAAAUGCAUUCCUCCCUCCGAGAGGGGCACGGACCCUGGAGGUUGAGAGCAGAGAGCAAGGAGGGGGAGGACGGGGAGGAGGAGGAGCAGAAGGGUAGCAGCGCCGUCACUGAGAUCUGUGUCAAAACUUCAACGGAUGGUUGGGUCGUUGGCAGACGUUCCAAUGGUCGCGAACUUUUUGUCAUCAGCGAGAACAAGAACAGCAACUUGGUGGAGGUCAACGAGGAGGUGGAGAGAAUAACAGGCAACUACUUCAGCAAUAUCUUCAUGUAG